AUGGGUGACCCGGAUACUGGAAGCAGAAGGUCCAGCGUCAAGAGCAUCCCUCAUGAAAGUCCAAAAAUACGCGACAAGCCAAGUCCGGUAGCACAAACCGAUCAAAACCUGCCAGAUCUUUCCCUCGAUUCCCAAGGUCUCCUCCACGGUAACGCCCAAAUCGACCCAGGCGGCAGUGACGAAGACGGCGAAUUCUCCGCCAGCGACUUUGACGCCGAUUCCAUCUUCACAACUAGCACCCACUCCUCUUCUACCUCAAUCAGCUCUAGCAUCCUCGAGCACAGCUACCAAAACGGUCGUCGCUACCAUCGUUAUCGCCAUGGACGAUAUCCACUACCGAAUGAUGAGGCGGAGCAGAAUAGAGAGGAUAUGUUACAUGCUAUGAUGUUGGAGGCUACGGAUGGAAGACACUUUUAUGCGCCUAUUGGAGAGAAUCCGCAGAAGAUUGCGGAUCUGGGGACUGGGACGGGGAUCUGGGCUAUUGAUGUUGGUGAGAACUUUCCUAGUGCUGAGGUUUUGGGAUUGGAUUUGAGUCCUAUACAGCCAUCUUGGGUCCCUCCAAACGUCAAAUUCAUGGUCGAUGAUAUAGAAGACGAGUGGCUAAACGGCGAUGACUUUGACUUCGUCCACCUCCGCAACAUGAUCCCCAUUCUCAAAUCCCCCGUGGCACUCCUCAAACAAAUAUACGCCAACAUAAGACCAGGUGCUUGGGUAGAACUACAAGACGUAGACGGCCAAGUCCACUCAGACGACGACUCAAUCCCAGAAGACUGGCCCUUGAAACGCUUCACCGAAAUCAUAGUUCAAGCCUUCGCAUUAUACGAAACAAAUGCCCACGCAGCGGUAUUCGGAAGACAGUAUCUUGAAGAAGCGGGGUUUGUUAAUAUUCAGCAUAACUUUAUUAAGUUGCCUUAUGGAACUUGGCCGAAGGAUAAGGUAAUGCGCUUGGUGGGCAUGUACUACCGAACUGCAUGCGAAGAAUUCUUUCCUGCGAUUGGAGCCCUUCACUUUCCACAACUAGGUUGGGAUAAGACGGAGAUGGAGGUUUUCUUUGCGGAGUGUAGGAAGUCGAUGAGGGAUCCUAAGGUUCAUGCUUAUGGGAAGAUGCAUUUUUGGAGUGGGCAGAAGCCUUUGGAUGCGUGA